GAGAGAAAAACACAAAAGAAAAAGAGAAAAAGGGGCAUCAUAAGUUUGACUCUCUCCCCAUUGAUUAGAACAAGAAUUUCCUCAAUUUUCUCUCUCUCCUUCUCUAUAUCUUCUUUGCCUUUCAUUAUCUUCAAUCACUCCCUUCACUCCUUCUAUCAAGUUUUUCCUCAUUUCUAUGUUGUGAAAAACAUGGCUGUAGAGUUAAUGUCCAGUGGUUACAGAACCGAUAGUUUUUCAUCAAAAAUGGAAGAAACCGCCGUUCAAGAAGCAGCAACAGCAGGCCUUCAAAGCGUUGAGAAAUUAAUCAGAUUACUAUCUCAAUCUCAUCAACACCAACAACAGCAACAACAAAAACCAAAUUUUCAAGAUUCAUCAUCAUCUUCUUCUUUGCCUAAUAAUUCCUCUGUUAACCCUGAUUAUCGAGAAGUAGCUGAUGCUGCUGUAAACAAAUUCAAAAAGUUCAUUUCUUUACUUGAUAAAAACAGAACUGGCCAUGCCAGAUUCCGUAGAGGCCCGAUUCCUAAGCCCCACCAAAACAAAUAUCAAUUAGAUCAACAACAACAACAACCCGUUAAGACUCAAACCCCCCGAAUCGAAGAACCUGAAAAGCCACAAGUUGUUACUAUUCCUACUACUACUAAAGUUUACUGUCCAACUCCAAUUCAGAGAUUACCUCCGUUACCACAUAACCAUCAUCUUCAACUAGUGAAAAAUGGUUCAAUUGAAAGAAAAGACGUAUCAACUACAAUCAAUUUUGCUUCUGCAUCGCCAGCGAAUUCGUUUAUGUCAUCUUUAACAGGGGAUACAGAGAGCUCUUUGCAACAGUCUUUGUCUUCUGGAUUUCAGAUAACUAAUCUUUCUCAGGUUUCAUCUGCUGGUCGGCCACCUCUUUCUACUUCUUCAUUUAAGAGGAAGUGUAGUUCUAUGGACGAUGCUGCUCUUAAGUGUAACAGUGCUGGUGGAUCCUCUGGCCGUUGCCACUGCCCUAAGAAAAGGAAAUCAAGAGUCAAAAGAGUGGUGAGAGUCCCUGCUAUUAGCAUGAAAAUGGCUGAUAUUCCACCUGAUGAUUAUUCUUGGAGAAAGUAUGGUCAAAAGCCCAUUAAGGGUUCCCCUCAUCCAAGGGGAUAUUACAAAUGUAGCAGUGUCCGAGGAUGUCCAGCACGUAAACAUGUGGAGAGAGCAUUGGAUGAUGCUGCUAUGUUGAUUGUUACAUAUGAAGGAGAACACAAUCAUUCACAUUCCAUUACAGAGACACCAGCUCCUCAUGUCCUUGAAUCUUCUUAAUCUUGAUGAUAAUCAAUUUCCCCUACCUAUUUCAAUGGCUCAGAUCUUCUUUGGAACCGUGAGAGUAAAUCAGCACCGUUGAAGAUGCAAAUGAUCUAAUGGUCAACGCCUAGAGGAAAAAUGAAAAAAGAAGCAGCACAUUUGUUUAAUUUUUAUUCUCUGUGUAUUUGUCGUUGAAAAACUUUCGAUUAUGCGUGGAAAAAAUGAAAGGAGAUAGAGCAAAUUGUGGAUUUGGUGGGAAUUGAAUCAUGCAACAUAGUGGGUACUUUUCUUUUUCCAAAUUUUAUACUACUUUUUUCCUCUUUUAAUACUA